AUCGGUCUUGUCCCAGCUCUAGUGUGCGUGUUUUUUUUCUGCAAGUUUCCAUUGUAAUUUUUUUUUGUGCUCUUAAAUCAUCCCAAAACCCGUGUUUGGCAAGGAAAUUGAGGCAAUAAAUCCACAAAACAGAGAUGUCGCUAUCGAGCCUGCUGCCCACACCGACAAAUGCGGUAUGGGACCGCGAGGACGAGCGUCGCUUGGCCGCCCGUGGAGCACCCAAAAUCGGAGCCCUGGUCUCCGCCAAAAUUGCAGCGCCGCCGUACGGACAACGCAAGGAUUGGAUACCCCGUACGGAGGCUGAUUUCGGUGACGGUGGUGCCUUUCCCGAGAUCCAUGUGGCGCAGUAUCCGUUGGGCUUGGGAGCUCCGGGAAAUGUGGGCAAGAAAUCGGAUGCGCUGGCCGUUCGCCUGGACGACAAGGGCAAAAUCAAGUACGAUGCUAUUGCGCGUCAGGGACAUGGCAAGGAUAAGAUUGUGUACUCGUCCAUUUCGCAAUUGCUGCCAGCUGAAGUUCUGGCCGAAGAUGCCGAAGAGCUAAUGCGACCGGAUGAGGAAACGGUGGCGGAAACCACCGAGGAGACACGUCUGGCCUUGGAAAAGCUGACUAACCAGAAGAUUACCUCUGCACUGCCGGUGCGCCAUGCCCAGAAGGCGGCACCAGCCCAAUAUAUUCGGUAUACGCCGUCGCAGCAAGGCGAUGCCUUUAAUUCGGGGGCCAAGCAGCGUGUUAUACGGAUGGUGGAGGCGCAGCAGGAUCCCAUGGAGCCGCCCAAGUUCCGUAUAAACAAGAAGAUACCUCGCGGUCCGCCGUCACCGCCAGCGCCUGUCCUCCACUCACCGUCACGCAAGGUGACGGUUAAGGAGCAAAAGGAGUGGAAGAUCCCGCCUUGCAUAUCAAACUGGAAGAACGCCAAAGGUUACACCAUUCCGCUGGACAAGCGCCUGGCGGCCGACGGACGUGGCCUUCAGCAGGUCCACAUCAAUGAGAAGUUCGCGAAAAUGGCCGAGGCUUUGUACAUAGCCGAUCGCAAGGCACGCGAAGCCGUGGAGGCCCGUGCUCAGCUCGAGAAGAAGCUGGCCCAGAAGGAGAAGGAAAAGAAGGAGGAGAUGCUGCGCAUGAUGGCACAGCGGGCUCGUGAAGAGCGAGCUGGUCUACGCAAUCCCGAAGCAGCGGAACCCUCGGGCUCUGGAGCAGCUGGCGGUGGAGCCGAGGCACGUGAACGCAACGAUUUGAGAGCGGAGCGGCAGAGGGAACGCCAUCGUGAUCGUAAUCUGCAGCGAGCAGCACCGGAAAAACGUACCAAACUGCAGCGGGAGCGUGAGCGUGAUAUCUCUGAACAGAUUGCGCUGGGCCUGCCGGCCAAGAGUCAAGGUAAUGGGGAAACCCUCUUCGAUCAGCGUCUCUUCAACACCACCAAGGGCAUGGACUCGGGCUACGGGGACGAUGAGGCGUACAAUGUGUAUGACAAGCCCUGGCGCGAUUCCAACACCCUCGGUGCUCACAUCUACAGGCCCAGCAAGCAGGCGGAUAGCGAUAAUUAUGGCGGCGACUUGGAUGCCAUUGUAAAUACAAAGCGCUUUGUUCCGGACAAGCAAUUCUCGGGUGCUUCGCGUGAGGCAGCCACCAGCCAGAGGAGCGGCCCCGUCGAGUUCGAGAAGGAGGAGGAUCCCUUCGGUCUGGAUCAGUUCUUGAACAUGGCCAAGAAGGCGCCGAAGCGAGCCGAGGAGAAGAACAACGAGCGGAGCAACCAUUCGGAUCGAAGCAAGCGCAGCAGGCGCGACUAGAGAUAAAAGCUUUAAGAGCAGGAAAACCAUUGCCAGAUCAUCAUCAUCAUCAUCAUUCACACGCAUCAUCUUCAUCAACAAAAUUUUUUAACUACUCCAAAAACCAAACACAAAACUUGGCCACAAUUUGAAUAAUAAUCACAGGAUCUUGACGUAA